CAGAUUUUUUCUAUCCUCCAGAAUAAUGAUCUACGGCAGCGGUUCCUAAACUUUUCGUUCGCGCGGCGCAAAAGUAUCAGAAAAUAACUCACGGCGCACUUACACGAAAAAAAUUGCUGCCUAUAAAACUCAAUUUUGUGAUGGGAAAUGUCUACUUUCUGCCUAUUAAAGUUUGUAAACGUGUAUGCCUGGAGAGUAAGUGAAAUGUCAACUCUGGUUUAUGAUCUAUCCCUGAGUUUUCUUUACGUAACACUACAUAACAGAAAGUAAACGACAAUUAUUGAUUCAUAUAAGAAGCAUUUAAAAGAAAAACAAUUAUAAUAAAUACAAUUCUUAAUAUAUUCAAUCAUAUAUUAGUUAUGUCUAACACAAUUCUGUUUCAAAGCGCAUUAGUUCGCCGCGGCGCCCCGUUUGGGAACCGCUUUGCCGCAAACCUGCGGCAUACCAUAGUUAUGUACUUAUGGGCCAUAGGUAAGUAAAGUCGUUGCUUUGGACAUACGGAAUCCUUUACUGCCCUCUUGUGAUUAAUUUUGUCCGGUAACUAUGUGCGUUGUUGGGGAAGCUGCUCAUACCGCGAAAUCGGCAAGCUUAAUUAACAACCUUCUCAACGAUGCAGCAAUGCCUUUAUAAUUGAUGGCUGUGUUGACAUUAAACUAUAUCGGCAAAGUUAUUGCUAUUUUCCUUUACUGAUAGGCUCAAAGAUAGAAAAAUGGCUAAGUUGUGUAAACGUGUUUUGUUUAUAAAAUUUUGUAGACUUGUCAGUUAAGCAGAUUAAACAUCAUAUUUCUGUAUAAUAUAGAAUACUCGUAGACCUGUACUCAUAGAAAUAUCCAAAAAUUGACAUUAUGGGUAGGCCUAGGAUUGUUAAGUAUGUGGCAAAGAAUUUCGAUAUUACUCAAGGAAAACUUGGAGACAGUGGGCAAUCAAACUAUGCAGCCACUUACAUAAAACACAGGAACUUCAGUGCAACUAAGUCAAUGCGACCAGAGAUUCCUCAGCCAAGAGUGCAAUUUCCUCCAAUGGAAGUUCAAACAACGAACAUGAAGACGUAUUCACCAAAAGAUCUCAGUGCAAAACGGGAUUUGAUUCGUCCAGAAGAAAGAGGACUUGAGAGUGACGAACCAUUUGUUACUGAUACCUUGUAUCAGAAUGAAUACAAGAGAAAAUCACCUCUACCUGUUGUCAGAGCUACACAAUCACAACAAAAAAUUGAAAAGCCUAAGCUGGGAAGAUUUGAUGACAAGACAAUGAAUAGAUUAUUUUUCAAAGAUCAUAAACAAUAUCAAAUACCACAAAGAUUUGGAGAACUGCCAACAUUUACACAUUCAUUGCUUUUUCCUGACAAAGAUAAUAGCAAAGAUAAUUUGUUGUCUCGGACACAAGCUGAUUAUUCAUACAAAUCUGCAUGCAAACCAUCUUUGAUUAAAGCUGCUGAACCCAAUAUUAAAGUUGGCGAAGGAGAACAGUGUCAUGAAACAACUCAAAGGGAAAGUUUUAAAUUUGUACCAACUUCACAAAAAAUCUAUGGUCGAAAUAACAAAACUCCAGAAAAACUUGUAGCCUUACCUAAAAUGGAAGCUACCACAAAAUAUAAAUAUGAUUUUGCAAAGAAGGAUAAGUAUCCUUUACCCCCUAAACCAGCGAUGCCUGCUCCAGAUACAUUGGAAAUAAGAAUGGAUAAUAGGCACAGAAUAUUUACUGAACAAAGAGAACAGUUUCAUGGAUGGGAUGUUAACAAACAUAAACGUCCAGAUCCGGCAAAAAUUAGUGAUAACACAGAACAUUCUACUGAUCCUAUGGCUUCUGAAACUACAAUGACAAGAGACUAUGAUGUGAAGCAUGUUGAGUCUAGAUCACAGCCUGUUCCCAGGCCAGAAACUAAUUCGAAGAUUCCAAAAGGAAGAUUUCGUGAUAUGACAAUGAAUCGAGCUUUCUUCCAAGACUGGGGAACACAUCGUAGAAUGAGACAUGGGGAUUUUCAUGAAGCCUGCAAUGAAUUGAGAAGAUUUGGGAAAUUUCAAAGGAUUAAUGCAACUCCUUUGUGUGGUACAACGCAUGCAACAUUUGUGAAAAAGGUUGGACGUCCAAGGACCUCGAUGAAGCCUGAUUACUCGACCAUUGAUACUACACAGGAGAAUGAUUUCAACACAGUCACUCAAAUGGCAUACAAGUAUCCACCAGCAUCUGCAUAUGUGCCAGAGGAUUUCGUAGUGAAAUGUUAGACACUCAGUGUACAUUUAGAAUUUUUAUAAUUGUGAUUUCUGUGUCAUUUCGCUGUAAUUCCAAUUUACCUAAACUUUCUUUUAAUUCCAAUUUACCUAUUUCAAAACAUAAUUGUAUCUUUUCCCUUUCCCAGUUUUCUUAUAUGAUAUGCUGAUUGAAUGAGUGAAUAUCGGAUAGAUUCUAGUUUUUCUAAAACUCAUAAAUAAGUGGGUGUGUCAUGUACAAUCGCCAAUUUAAAAGUUAAAUUGUAUUAAUUUAAGAUGGUUUGAAACAGGCAUUUGUGAAUAUGCUAGGGUUGCAGUGCCAUAUAAACUUUUCUAUGUUAUGUUAUUCUAGUUAGGACGCAUUGUUUUUAUCUUUUGAGUGGAUGCGAUAUUAUAUAUGGAAAUUAUUCCGUACUAGUUGAAAUUGUAUUUUUUGUUGCCAAAAUUGUUGAUCACUGUCUUAUUUUUGUCUAGUUUAUUAGAACUAUUUUCCAGAGAUUUUUUUAUCGCCCUGCCUUGUAUUAAAAAAAAGUGUUUGAAUUUAUAUGAUAUUGGAAUUAUUCCAUAUGGGGUCAGAAGUUAUCACGAUUCCGCCCGAAUAUUCUACAUUAAAUGAGAUAUUUACGAAUGGUUCUAAGCGUUAAGAACUAUUGCCAGUCUCGCCACACGAUGCUCGAGGAUGAUAGCGUUCGAUAGGUUUGCAAUUAGCCGCUGGUUACAAACUAUUUUUAUAAUGGUUAUUAUGAAAAUAUACUACCAAAUAUAUAUUACUAUAGCUGUAAACGCACAAAGAAUUCCUGUCCAUUUCAAUGAUAGUAUCCUUGUAAACAACAAAGUUUUUCAUUGUCGUAAUUCAAACGGAAAAUCGUGAAUAUUUAAACACUUCUCUAGGUCUGAUUUUCAUGACGAUCCGAGCUUAGCUCGAGAACUAGAUAUCUAUCGGAACCCAAGAUUCUUAAAAUUUUUUGGUUGACAAGAAAAAAUCCUAUAAACAGAUAAUUCGGGCGUGAAAAAUAUUUGAAUCACUUUCGCAUCUAUCUUUGUUCAAUAUGUAUGGUUAUUACACGUUCGGUGCCAUCAAUGACAUUAAACAUUAAUGUCAUUGGUGCCAUCUUCAUGAGUUCAGUUCGUACUGAUUUCGCGUUAUUGACUUAUAAUAUAUACUUUUUGAAAAGUCAGAAACAUAGCGGUUAAUUUGGUGAAUCUUAAGCGGCGUGGAACUUUGAUAAAUCAAAUAU